AUGGGCGCCACCCCAUUCCAUCGUUCCAUCCUCGAGGUCCGGUUGCCAAAGCACUUUGACAAACCAACGAACAUGAGGUAUGACGGAACCCAAGACCCGCAGGAGCACCUCACGGCCUUUGAGGCCAGAAUGAACCUGGAGGGAGUGGGAGACGAAGUAAGGUGCUGCGCCUUCCCGGUCACCCUGGCAGAGCCUGCGAUACGGUGGUUCAAUAGCCUCCCGCAGGGCUCCGUGGCCGGCUUCUUGGAUAUUAGUCAUGCCUUCUUAGCACAAUUCACCACCAGAAUCGUGAAGGCAAAACACCCGAUCAAUCUGCUCGGUGUCACUCAAAAAGCCGGCGAGCCGACCAGAAAGUACCUAGAUCGUUUUAACGACGAAUGCUUGGAGAUCAAGGGGUUAACCGAUUCCAUGACUAGUCUCUGUCUGACGAACGGACUCCUUAACGAGGACUUCAGAAAGCACCUCACCACAAAGCCGGUCUGGAUGAUGCAAGAAAUCCAAACUAUAGCCCGCUAA